GAGCGGGUGGCGCAGAGGAUCCGGGGCGCCGCCGACCUGCCCAAGAUUCCAAUACCAAGUGUGCCUGCGUUCCAGCCAUCCACCCCCAUCCCUGAGCGCCUGGAAGCUGUACAGCGCUACAUCAGGGAGCUUCAGUACAAUCACACUGGGACACAAUUCUUUGAGAUUAAGAAGAGCAGACCUCUGACUGGGCUGAUGGACCUGGCCAAAGAAAUGACCAAAGAGGCCCUGCCAAUAAAAUGCCUGGAAGCUGUGAUCCUGGGAAUUUACCUCACCAACAACAUGACCACGCUGGACCGUUUCCCCAUCAGCUUCAAAACCCACUUCUCAGGGAACUACUUCCGACACAUUGUGCUGGGGGUGAACUUUGGAGGCCGCUAUGGGGCACUGGGCAUCAGCCGACGUGAGGAGCUCAUGUACAAAGCACCAGUCUUCCGCACACUGAGCGAACUCAUCUUUGACUUUGAGGAGGCAUAUCGCCGCUGCUGGCACACUCUCAAAAAGGUGAAGCUGGGCCACUGUGUGUCCCAUGACCCACACAGUGUGGAGCAGAUUGAGUGGAAGCACUCCAUCUUGGAUCUAGACAAGCUAACCCGGGAAGACUUUCGGAAAGAGCUUGAGAGACAUGCCCGUGAUAUGAGGCUGAAGAUUGGCAAAGGAACUGGGCCACCAUCUCCCACCAAGGAUAGAAAGAAAGAUGUCUCCUCCCCACAAAGGGGUCAGGCCAGCCCCCAUCGGCGCAACAGCCGCGGGGACCGACGGCCAUCUGGUGAGAAGAAGCCUGCUGAUUCCAAAGCCAUGCCAGACCUCAAUGGGUACCAGAUCCGGGUGUGA